GUGUGUGCAUGUGUGUGCACCCAUGUGGGCGUGCAUGUGUGUAUGAGCACGUGUACAUGCAUGAGCGUGCAUGUGAGAGAGCAUGUACAUGUGCUUGUGCGAGAGUGUGCACGUAUGUGUGAUGUGUGAGCACAUGUAUCUGUGUGUGUGCACGUGUACAUGCGUAGGCAUGCGUGUGAGCGCGCAUGUGUGUGAAUGCCUGAAUGGGCUCAUGGGCGAGCAAGUCCCUCCCAGUAGCAAGUGGGGAGCCUUGUCCUCCCUGCUCCCCCCGCCCAGGCCCCUGCUUUUCCGUGAGGCCUGGGCUGGGCAGGUGGCACCGGUCCCUCCUGUCCCUCCCAGGGGUGCGGCCUCUCGGGGAGCCGCCUCCCUUCACCCUCCAGCGCCCUCUUUCCACCCGGAACACGGGAGUCCUGGUGUCGGCUCUGGGUGCUGUCGCCCUCCAGUGGCAGGAGCCGCCCUCGGGAGGCACCAGGGACGGGAGCCCCCCCUCCCGCUCGGCCGCCCGUCUGCCCCCGCGGCCUCCACAGCCGGAUCCCCCGAACCCCCCUCCGCUGCUCCAACCCCAGCGCACCCACUUCCUCCGAGUCCGCCCCCGCGGCUGCUCCCCGUGACCCACCGGCCAACCCGGGAGGACCAGGCGGCCACCGUCAUCCAGUGCGCCUUCCGGCGGCACCUGGCGAGGAAGGAGCUGGCCCUCCGGCAGCAGAAGCACGGGGAGUACCUGGAGCAGAUGGAGAAGCUGCAGAGAGAGGCCUUCCUGGCCCUGGUGCGCCGCGAGCGGGAGCUGGUGCGGCGCCGGCGGGAGGCGGAGGCAGAGGCGGAGCGGCGGCGGCAGGAGGAGCGAAGGCGCCAGGAGCGCCUGCUGGACGCAGCCUUCGACGGGAACCUGGGGGAGAUCGUGGCUGUCCUGCGAGAGGUGGAGGAGGUGCUGACACGCGAGGGCGUGGGCCACGACGAGGCGGGCCUGGCGCGGCGGCGGCAGCGGCGCGUGGCCCUGCUGGAGUGCGAAGACUCGGGCGGGAACACGCCGCUGUCCGAGGCGGCCGUGGGCGGGCAGCCCCGGGCCAUCCAGCUGCUGGCGGAGCAGGGCGCGAGCCCCAACUGCAAGGGCGCCUUUGGGCGGACGCCGCUGUACAGAGCCGCCUUCGGGGGCCACCUGGAGGCCGUGGAGGUGCUCCUGAGGCUGGGAGCCGAUCCCCGGGUGUACGCGGACGACGGGAGCACCCCGGUGCAGGUGGCCUCGCUGGACGCCGUGGCCAGCGUGCUGCAGGCCUGGGACUUGAGCCUCACGGAGGCCAUGCUCCAGAACAUGGAGGCGGAGCGGCAGCGCCGGGCCCAGGAGGCCGAGCAGCACCAGGAGGCGGAGACCAAGCGGUGCGCCUGCGGGAGGAGGCCCCCCAGCCACGACCCCCCCAGGAGAUGCUCAGACCCGGCUGUUCCCUCCCACCGCAGCCUGAACCUCAAAGUGCAACAGCUGGCUAAGGAGCUGCAGCAGUGCCACAAGGAGCUGCAGCAGGCCUACUUCGAGCUCAACCGCAGGAUCACCGCGCACGAAAAGUGCGAGCGAAGGGGCGCGGGCAAGACCGAGCUCACGCUGCAGGUGGGACCCUCCCUCCAGGAGGGUGAGCUCGUCUUCCCUCCCAAACACGGCCCUCCAGCUUUGGGGGCGGGGCGGGGCGGGGCGGGCGGGGCCUUGGGAGCUGCGCUCCGAGCUCGUGUGCCCCCUCCGCCCCCCUCCCCCAGGCCGUCAAGGACGCGGAAGCUCAGGUGGACCGGCUGCGGCAGGAGGCCCAGAAGGCGGAGGAGACGCUGGCCCUGGCGAGGCUGGAACUGCGGGAGCAGACCCAGGAGGGUGGGCGGGGCUGGAGGCUGGAGGCUGGAGAGGCCAGGCCCAGGGAGGGCACCGCGGGGGAGCUCCGGUUGCCCCCCUUCUGUCCCCGCAGGGGAGGAGGAGUUGCCGGGGCUGAAGUGCCAGGUCACCGAGCUGCACGACGUGCUAAUGAAGGACGUGGGUGACCGCGUCCGCGCCGACGGCCGGUGGCCUCUUGUCAUCGAUCCCUCAGGCCAGGCGGCCACUUUCCUGCGCUACCAGGACACCAACUACGUGGACACGGUGAACCCAGACCACAUGCAGCCCGAGAGGAUUCGGUUGGCGCUUCUGGGGGCACUCAGGUACGGGAAGCCGCUGGUGUUCGACCUGCGGGAGGUGGACCUGUUCCCCGCGGUGCAGCGGCAGCUGGAGGCGGUGCAGCAGGGCCUGGCGCAGGAGCUGCUGAGCCGCAGGCUGCUGGAGCAGGACCGGUACCUGUCGCUGCUGAGGCCCACGGACGGGCCGGAGUACGGCCCCACCCAGUUCCAGGAGUCCCGCCUGGAGCAGUUCCGCCUCUUCUUUGUCACCCAGGUUCGGUGGCCCCCAGCUGAGCAGUUGCAGGUCCUGCUCCCGGUGCAGGUCCAGCUGCCCAGCGGAGGCCUUUAGCACCAAUAAAGCAAAGCCCUGGA